AUGGGUCUCGCCUCAAACUGGUCCUGGGCAGGGCUCGGCUGUGGACUCCUGGCUCUUGCCAUUCUUCUCCCACCAGACCCCGGCCUUCGCUUCAGGCUGCCGGCCGUCCAGCCCUCGACGGAACCAGAGGGGUACACUGUGUGGCGUCGAGGUGCGGACGGGACCGCGUACGGCCGGCGAACGGUGUACGUGGAGAGUGAAGGCGAGAAGCUCCAUGCUUGGCUGUAUCUCCCGCCGAAUUCCCGUCAAAAUGCUCCUCUCUACAUGGUCUGCCACGGCUUCGGAGCUGUUAUGGCCGUUGCGGACGUCGCGUUCGCGGAGAAAAUUCAAGAAAGCGGGAUCGCCGCCAUCGCCUUUGACUACAGGACUUGGGGUUUCUCGGGAGGGGCUCCGCGUCAGGUCGUAGACCCACACAUGCAGCUGCAAGAUAUGCGCGCGGUGCUACAGCAUGUUGUUGAUACGGACGGGUUUCAGGGCACUGUUGACCCCACCAACAUCCACUUGUUCGGCACUUCCUACGCAGGCGGCCACGUUUUAGUCACGGCAGCUCAGCUGGCCAGCGAGAACUCCCCUUUGCUGCGCCGAGUACGCACAGUCACCUCCGUGGUGCCGCUCAUCGACGGGAAGGAACAGACGAAGAAAGCGCUCCAGCAAAGAUCCUUUUUCCGGACGCUGCGAUACGCAGCAGCAAUUCUCGCGGACUUGCUCCGACAGGCGGUCGGAAGUCACCUACAGCCUAUAUACCUCCAGGUUGCCGGGCCACGCGGAGUUUCAAGCCUGUCGGCCUUGGAGCUCCAAGGUGGAGAGUUGGAAAUCUGGAGGAACCGCGUCUUGGACAGCUCUCGCACCGCGUCGUGGACGAAUGCCUUGGCGGCACGGUCCCUGUUUCACACAUCUCAGUAUCGGCCGAUCCGUUACCUGGAGCACAUUCAGACCCCAACCCUUCUCGUGGAAGCCCAACACGACAACACGUGCAUCCCCGAGCUUGCACGGGAAGCGCUUGAGAUCAUCAACUCCCGUGGGGGGACGAAUUCGGAAGACCGCGCCGGGGGCAAGGGCUCUCGGGACAGUCGACUAGCUGAGCUGUAUCGCAUGCCGGUCAAUCACUUUGAAAUAUAUGUAGCCCCUCACCUGGGGAGACUCAUUAAUACCACAGUAGAGUUCGCGAAGAGGCAUGGUGCACGCCAGGCUGCGUCCGGCGCCGAGCCUGCCUGA